AUGGAGGGCGACAGGCCUCUGAAUGGUGAUCUUCCGAGCUUCGUGCCGGUGGAGACGAUUUUGAAGGAAGAUGUUAGUCCGAUAACCGUGGAAACCGACAAAUCGGGCUCGCUCAUGAUGAACCUGGAGACGAGAGAGCUAUUCCUCAAGCAACAACAACAACAACAGCAGCAACAACAACAACAGCAGCAGCAACAACAGCAGUUUGCCCUUUCCACGGCAAUUGAAAAGAUCUCGAACCUGCCCAAAGAUAUAGACCUCACAACCAAGCAGUGGGACUGCAACCUUUGCAGCCCGCUGCUGAGAAAGGCGCUGCAGCGUGAGCGGUUGCAGGCAAUGCGUCAAAACCCGUCGUACCGGGAGAUGGAGCGGCUGCGGCAGCGCAGCAUGAUGCAGCUCAAGCGGCAGGACCCUGGCUUCCGUGCUCUCGAACGGGAGAGGCAGCGUGCGCGCAUGCAGUUGCGACGGCAGGACCCGAGUUUCAGGGCCAUGGAACGAGAGCGGCAGCGCAGGCGAAUGAGGCUCAAGCGACGAGACCCAGCAUUCCGGGAACGCGAGCGAGAGCAGCAGAAGACGCGUCUCCUGGUAAAGCGCUCCGGGGACAAACUGCCGGUUGCCCUAGACGUGUCAUCGUCUUCGUCCUCCACACCGGCUUCAACGCCGGCCAUCUCUACUCAGGCCUCUUCACAACUGGCACUGCCCCCACCACCUCAUCAACAAAUCUCUGGGCACACCCUGCAGUCUCAUGCGCCUGCCCACCAUUCGUCUUCGUCGUCGCAUUCACAGUCGCAGCAGUCGAGUUCUCAGCAGCACGGAAAGGGAGCAAGCACCUUAGGCAACUGCCUGGUGCCUCAUGACAUCCAGAAGCGGGAUGCCACGGCCCUGUAUGGUCACCUGCAGCGCAUUGUUGGCUACCACAACCUGCUGCAGGCACGCCCUCCGCACCCCGAAGACCCCAGCUCGUCCUUCAAGAGUCCUUACUUUGGCGGGGAGACGAGUGGCGGUUUGGUGAGCCGCCGCAUGGGCGCUCCUCAGGGCCAUCAUGGAGGUGGAGGGAGCAGCGGCAGCAAGGGGAGUCACCCAUCCACUGGUGGAGGCCGCCAAAAGGGAUUCCUGGAUGGGGGUCCCUGCCACCCCUUGGGCGAGAUGUUUGCAGCCUCGUAUCCGACUAUGCGUGACCAGGGCCUCGCAGCCGCUGCGGGCGCGCAGCCCUGCGGUGCUCUAGAUGGGCCUCCACUGCUACAUGCUGCCACUAGUGCCGAGGGUGGUGGCGGUCGUGGCAACAGCAGCCACCCAGCAGCUCUGCUGGGGAGUGGGGACCUGCUGCCCUCGGUGCCAGACUGCCCUGAGUGUCUUGAAGCCCAACGCCAGCGGUUGCAGUGCGGUCUCUGUCAGGGGGAGGACCAACAGGCAGCGACGGGAGGCCGCUGCUCGGGCCGGCGGCCGCGUUCUUCCCGCCAGUCCACCGAACGUUUCAGUUGCUCCGUCUGCGCCAAGGAGUUUGGCAUGAAGCACCACCUCAAGGAGCACUACAAGUCCCAUGGCGACCGCAACCUAUGCUGUCCGCACUGCGACUACCGCACCUGCUAUGGCUAUGCGCUACGCCGGCAUGUCAUUAUUCGCCAUGACCGGCCCGCAGCACGCCAGGCGCAGGUCAUUCAACAGCUGACUGUGCAGUAACAGGCAUCUUUGCAUAUGCUCGUUGGUGCUGCAAGACAGUCUCCUUGUGCAAGUGGACGUGUUUAGGGACAAACGAGCGGUUGGUUCGUGACUGUCACAUCAGGCUGAAGGGGUGGGCUGGGCGUCAACUCUCACUGAAAAAUAGCUGUCUCUUUUAACUUUUAAAAGUGUUUGACCGGCCACUUGUUUGCUCGUGGCACAUGACUGCCUACUUGAAAACAGGGAGAGCCUUUGGUGAAAGACUGAGAGGAAGAAGGGCAGUUUCAUCGAGAACAGAAUGAAUGUUGAACGUACAACAGCUCUGCAUUUCACUGUCUGUGUUUUCCCAUUGAGUAGCCACAGGUCACGUCGCAUGUGCACCAUGGGUCGCUCCGAUCAGCGCAAGUAACGUUAAAUGUCCCAAGACUGCUAAGCACACACCAGGCACCCUCGUUUCUCUUGAGCAUCACUUACACAGGUUUCCAAGUCAACUUUGCAUUCCAACUUGUAUACCAGUAAAGUGCACGAGUUCUGCAGCAGGCAGCAUUAUUGCAGCAAACUCACAAUCGUAGGUUCUGCAGUUGUAGGCUGUCUUGACUUUGGGUGGUCUAGUCAUGCUUGGUGUGACGAAGCGAUGCUUUCUGGCCUAGCAAGACUUGUGGAGACGUGGCAUAACCUGCCACAUAGAGCAGGCUUGACCUGUGACAAUGUUUUUCCAGACUUCAUGAACAGUGUAUCGUAGCCACGGACGCCUCAAACUGUUCUCAAAGUUGUGAAACUUGCGGCAGGAAGGCAUGAGUUACAAAGGGCCAAAGCACUGCAUUGGAGCAGUUUUAUCGUCCUUGGUACAUGCAUUGUUGGUGCAAGAAGAAAACGUCAAAUUUGUGACUAUCAGAUGUAGAGCGUAUGUAAUUGGAUGCUUUGUUUACAUGGUGCUGCGCUAAUGUGAAGGUGGGCAAUAAUCAGUCUUCUAUGUCACAUUCGGUUAAGUUCACAGGGAGCCUCGGGUUUUGCAUUGUACAACGCAAAAUACAAGAUCAUGCCACAAGGAAUGCUUGCCGGUUCUAGCAGUUAAAAUUUACUGCUUCCGUAGUAGAUGACAUUACUGGGCUUGAGCAUAUUUAAUAGGUUUUAGCUUUUCAAUAUUCAAGAACAGUCGCUGCUCAAAAACUUGUAAUGAAUGUUGGCUACAUAAGGGACCGGUAUCUUGUGUACGGGGGCAAAAAAACUUUGUUGGGGGGGAAGGAACAGUUGAUACAUGCUGUACGCUUCGCACUAUUAACCCCAGCAAUUGUUGUUGAGUUUUCAACCAUGCUAAAUAGAGGCAACUUUGGAGCUCUUUUUCCUUUUCCCUUUCUUUUUUUCAAUUUUAUUUUGAUCACAGUUGAUGUUAUGCAUAAAAAAUUCGAGUCCCUUGAUGCUGUAGGCUCCUCGUGAUCUGCUUUGUACAGUCAAUACCUUCGGUACUGAAUCAUCUUGUACAGUCUGACAUCCUCGCUCAGCAUGUGUCUUCUAGCCACGCUUUAUUAUGCUGAAGGGCAUACCCAAUGAGUAACUCAAGAGCAAUUGUAGGAGCUGUGCUUACUACUCUUCGAAUGGUGUGUGAUGUUUGUAAGGCCCGACAGAGUUAGGAUAACGAGUGCAGGCUUCUGUGUUCGUAUGUUCAAGUUUCCUUUUCUUCGAGGACAGCCCACACAGUGCACAAGAAAUCCUAAUAAGAAGCGUUUCUGAUACAAUUCGUGCUAGACAGUUGUAAGACGGCUCCAUAUUUUUUAUGUUGAUUUUUUUUCACCCUGUAACCUCCCUGUAAUAUUGCAUUCACUGCUGCCACAUAUUUAAUUAAUAGUGUAUAGCUUAAUCACAUACCUCCGUGACUGGUGCUUCCCUCUUUUUCUUUCAUUUGCUCCUGCUUCCUAUAUUGUUUCAUUAAAUAUGAUGAUUGGCUUUACGUGUUAUGCAUGCGCACAAUAAACAAGGUAGCCAGUUCAUUGUUGCGAAGACGUUUACGUUUUUUUUUUUUAACUAGGAGGAAGCAUUACUGAAUUUUUUUAGCACUUCUGAUAUUUUCUUGAACACCACAGAAAGAAACUUUAUGUAACCCUAUUGGUUGAACAAGGUUUCGUCAUUUGGCAAAUACUCGAAAAACUGUCCCGCGUAUUCAUAGAAAAAAAAAAAAAAAUCUGGUUCUAGUGCAGCUUCAUCAAUAAAAAUGGAAGACAACUUUGUAUAUUAGUUAAUUUGAUCCAAAUUUUAUUACCUCAUUGUGUGCACUUGAAGAGCAGACUGUAUUGAUGCGAAGUAUCUGCAUUGGAUUGCACACAUCUGCAAUAGAGCAACACCUGCAGUAAUCGUGCCUCUCCUUUAUCAUGGUGCACAAACAUGCAACACUCUGCACCUACAUCAGCUGCAUUGUCUCAUUACGUGCGUUCAGGCGUUAUCGUACGAGUCAAACAGGAAUUUAGUGUGUGUUGUAUAUAGGAACGGUUGUGUGUUUUAAAACCUGCGUACUGCCUAACCUUUCUUUCAAAUUGCUGUAGACAAAUUAAUGGCUCUUGUUGCAAACAAGUUGUGUUGGUAUGUGUGUGAUGUGAAAAGAAAUAUUUCUGUCGAUCAAAUUUGCCCACACUGUCGCCUUCUUUUUUUCUAUAUAUUCUAUAUAUUACAUGCCAUUGUGGAUAUCUGUUUUAAAGCCUGACCCAACACCAUUUACAUUUCUCCAAUCAUGCUUUCUUGAUUUCGUCAGAGUGUAAUAUAACUAUGUAUAUGCAUCCUUUCAACUGGUGUUGUGGAGCACACCUCCUGUCUUUGAUUUUGCACGUGAAUUCAUCAUUGAGCUGUAUUUCAUAAACAUUAUGUGUAAAUAAACAUAUUUGUAGUUUGGACA